UAUUGGAAUUUCAACUGUAGUAGCUAGCAGUCUGAUAAUAUUCGGAGGCUCUGUUAUUUUGUCAUCACAACAUUGAUCACCUUUAUUUAUAUCUUCCGAUCUGCAGUCUGGCAUCCAGCCGGAGAACCCCACAUUUUGUAGACGGAAAGCUGUCUCUAAUAUACUUAAAAAAUGAGUCCAACCGACGCAAAACGAGGAGCUAAACGCAGGAAGAACAAGCGGGGCGGUGGCAGCAGUAGCUGCACCAGCACUAUCUGCAGUAUCGCUAGUAAUAUCCAGGCCGGGAGCCCAACUACGGCCCGGACUUCUCUCUCAACAGCCCCAGCCGCCCCUGUCACGAGCUUUUUAACACCGGGAGGCACGGGGAACGGUGAUGUUGGGGGGAUCACAGGUCUAAAUGGAGAGGUUCCCAUGAACGGCACGCCUCAGUUUUCUGUGAACGCAGACUUCUCAGGAGUCCUUCAGUCCCAGACUCCGUUCACCUUCGGCUUGAACCAGAGAGCCCCCUACACGAGCGGCGACCGCUGCCUGCUGUGCCGGAGCGAGAGGAAGGACAGCGCCCUCCUGGACGCCGAGGUGGUGGGGCAGAACGGCAUGUCGCAGCCCCUCAAAGCGCCCAGCUCCCUGCAGCUGCCCCUGUGGGUGUGCCCGGACUGCAGACGCACCGUCGAGAAGGAGGAGCGCCACGCGGCCAUGGAACAGUCACUGGCCAUGAACCAGGACUUCCUGUUGCCGAUGCCAGUGGGUAACGGCGGGCUCGUCCAGGAGCCUGUAGGGGCGGGGAGCCGACUGACGGGCACGGGCGGCGCGCCCCCUCUCCCCGCCCCGGAGCUCAGCGCCCCCCUCCCCCUCGCCACCGACACCGUGUGCAACUGCGAGGCCUGCAACGAGAGGAGAGAAAUCACAGCGGAGUCGGAGCGGGAGUCCCAGCAGCUGCAGAACCACUGGUCGGAGGUGCGCUACCUGGUCCGGUGCAUCUACCGCCAGACCGGCACGCCACUUGCCGACGACCAAGACCAGCCGCUGGACCGAGACAAAGAGAGCAUGAAGGAACUGGUGGACAGGCUGUGUGAGAAGGACCCGUACCAGCUGUACCAGCGGCUGGAGCAGCAGGCGCGCGAGUACGUGCUGGAGAUGAAGGUGCGUCUGCUCAAGCACCUGUCGGCCGGCUCCAAGGUGACGGCGGCGGCGGCGGCGGUCCAGGGCCCUCCGCAGGCCCACCAGUUCAUCUCACUGCUGCUGGAGGAGUACAGCGCCCUCUGUCAGGCCGCCCGCACCAUCAGCAGCUUCCUGCUCACGCUGGAAAACGAGCACCUACAGAAGUUCCAAGUGACAUGGGAGUUGCACAACAAGCACCUUUUUGAGAACCUGGUGUUCUCUGAACCCAUCCUGCACAACAGCUUACCUGCCCUGGUUGCACAGCUCAGGCAGGGCACAACCUCUCACGACUCCUACAGUGAGGACAUGUACCGAAAACUGCUGGAGAGCUACCAGCAGCUGGACCAGGAGAUGAACUUGGUGGCCGUUGAGUGGCUCGAGUGCGAGAAGAGAAUAGAUAACUAUGUCGACGAGCAGUUACUUUCCAAGGUCGAAGGGCAGAACGGUACAAAUCAACGGACUGAACCACACAAGUCGUUAAUUAGCAAAAAUAUGUCCUUAAAGACGAAGCAGCGAAUGCUGAAGGAAGACUGGGAGUUCUUCAAACAGAAGAAGUUCAUCGAGGAGCAGGUAGCCAACAGUCAAAAGUCUGUUGCCGGAGACACUAAUUUCACAGACACAGUGAGGCAGAUGCUGUCUUCCAGACUGAGUUUACCAGACUGUCCAAACUGUAAUUACCGCAGACGGUGCACCUGUGACGACUGCAGUCUCUCGCACAUCCUGACGUGCGGCAUCAUGGACGCCCCCAUGGCCGAGGAGCUGCACCUGAAGCUGCCGGCGCAGGCGGAGCCGCCCAGGGACUACCUGUCCCAGGUGCACCCCCCCAGCAUGUCGUCCGGCAGCUCGGGCUCCGGCUCCGCGUCCAGCUCCCCCAUCACCAUCCAGCAGCACCCCCACCUGCUGCUGCCCCAGGACACGCAGGCCACCUUUGGCAGUGACGACGAUGAAGUGCCUCCUCUGUCGGCGAAGUUUGCGGACAUCUACUCCAUGAGCCCUUACAGCGACCCGGCGGUGGUGGCCGUCAUGAACGGCAUUCACAGUGACCUCAACGGAGCAGGAGAAAACAUGGCGCUCAAGGAAGAGUCUCCACGGGGGAGCAGUAGCAGCAGCAGCUCCUCUGAGGGUGAUGAUGAGGAGGCCGAGGGGGAGAGCACAGGAGAGCCUCCAGGGCAGCAGGGGGAGCACUCGCCAAGAAAGAGCGACAGCCCGCCUCCAUCCUACCCACACACACAGGUGGAGCAGGUGCAGCAUCCCUGCGAGUGUCAUGUGUGCAACCAGGGCAACAUAGAUUCCAGCAGUCUGUUGCCGGGCAACAACAGGCUACAUGCCGCUCAGCAGCAGCAACAGCAGUUCUUCACAGAGAAGACGGCGCCCCACCCCAGCCUCCACCUCUACCCCCAUAUCCACGGCCACCUGCCCUUACACAAUCUGCCCCAUCUACCCCGGCCUCUGCUGCACCCCACCCUCUACCCCAGCCCACCCCUCGCACACAGCAAGACUCUGCCUCCUGCCCCCUCGUCAAACCACACGGGCGGGAGGCCGCAGGUGUUCAGCCCCACCCUGCCCGACCACGUCUACCCCAACUGCUUCAGCGGCGCCGGCGACUGGAACGGCUCGCUGGGCUGCCCCUCGCUCAAGUUCGAGAACCUGUGGGACGCCCACAUGAUGAAGAACUGGAACUCCACUGUGCUGCUCCCCGAGCCCCUCUCCGGUGACAUGCUGGCUCCUCCGUUGCCUGACGUCCCCCUUCCGUCGCCGGGCAACGAGCCCCCAGCCCUGGCCCCCCCGCCCCCCGCUCUCGCCCCCCUGGGCAAGGAGAAGAAGAACGGAGCCAAGAAGAAGUGUCUCUACAAUUUCCAAGAUGCCUUCCUGGAGGCCAAGCAAGUGGUGAUGGCCACCUCGGCGGCCACCUCCUCUGUCUCCUGCACCGCCACCACUGUCCAGUCAAGUAAUAAUUUCCUCGAAGUUGCAUCUAAGAGACACACCUCCCUAGGUGAAGUCUUUCACAACAUAGGUAAAGAGGACCACCGACACCCCAACAGCCCUCUCGCCGCACGGAACAGCCCCACGGGACUGCCCCCCCUCCACGGCGCUUCCCUCGCCAACGCCCCCGCCACACACCUGCCCAGCAUGGGCUCGCAGCCCUUCCCAAAGACUGUCGCCCCCACGCCCGGCUUCAUGGACGCCCACCCGGGCCUGUGUCUGUCCGCCGCUGAGCCCCCCUCGAUCCCCGGAGACGGCUCCGUCAGCGCGCCCCCAAGCAUCUGCAGUGACCCAGACUGCGAGGGGCAUCGCUGCGAGGGCAACAGCGGGUACGAUCACCCUCCCUACGACGGCUCCGAGAGCCAGGACGAGGACAGCUGCUCCGAGCACAGCUCCUCCACCUCCACCUCCACCAAUCAGAAGGAAGGAAAGUACUGUGACUGCUGCUACUGUGAAUUCUUCGGCCACGGAGGGCCCCCUGCGGCCCCCACCAGUAGGAACUAUGCAGAGAUGCGGGAGAAGCUGCGGCUGCGGCUGACCAAGCGCAAGGAGGAGCAGCAGCCCAAGAAGGAGGAGCUGGUGCUGGAGCGCGACCCGGCCGUGGCCGACCACCGCAAAGUGGAGGACCUGCUGCAGUUCAUCAACAGCGCCGACAACAAGCCGGCCAGCAGCUCCAAGGCGGCCAAGCGCGCACGGCACAAGCAGAAAAAGAUGGAGGAGAAGGCGCGUCUGGAGGCGGAGGCUCGGGAGCGCGAGGAGCAGCUGCUCCUGCAGGAGCAGCAGCGGCGUGAGGAGGAGGAGGCCCUGAAGCAGGAGCUGCUGCGCCUCCAGGAGCUUCAGCUCCAGCGGCAGCAACAGCAGCAGCAGCGCGCCAACAAGAAGAAGAAGAAGGAGAAGAAGGCUGCCGAGGCCGCCGCUGCUGCUGCCGCCGCCACGCAUCCUGCCCCUCUGCUGCCCCCGCUCCACAACAACCCUCAGCCCCUCAAGCAGACGGCCCAGAGCGUGCUGGAGAAGAACAUGAAGAACGGCAAGACGGCACUGCUGCGCGGCCUCAUCGGUCUGACCCACAAGGACCUCCAGCCCGAGCGGCUGCCCGCCGUUGCCCCCGCCCCCACCCCCGCCCCUGCCCCUACCCGUACCCCCGCCCCUACCCGUACCCCCGCCCCUGCCCCCAACGGCCAGCCGCCCGCCCUGCACAGCCCGGCUGAGAGUGAGAAGGACAAGCCCACCAAGCACCUUCACAACGGCGUGGCCGCCGCCACGGUCAUCACCGCCACCUCGACGGCGGCGACAACAACGGCGAUGACCGCGACGACGACGACAACGGCGGUCAACACCUGCACUCUCCAACCGGAACCCCUCAGCAGCAGCAAGGCCAGGGCCAAGUCGCAGCCCGCCAACGGCCGAUGCCACGGCGAGACCACCAAGAGGUCGGCCGACGCCAUGAAAACCUCCGAGGUGGUCUCCAAGGCGGACGAGGGCGCGUUCACGCACGCGGACCCCAAGACGAAGUCCCGGGCCGGCGAGGAGCCAGCCACCGCCGCCGCCGAGGCCCGCAGGGAGGAAAGGAGCAACGGAACGUCGGGGAAGAAGCAGCUGAACGGCGGAAAGGAGGACAGGACCUCGCCUGUGUCCGUACAACACUCGGAGCCGCCCACGCAGAAUGGCCGAGCGCCGGCCAACGAGUCCCCUCAACCCAAGGGCAAGAACAAGAAGAACAAGAAGAAAAAGUCAGACAAGAUGACCAACUCUAUAGAUGACGUGUUUCUGCCCAAAGAUAUCGAUCUUGACAGUGUUGAAAUGGAUGAGACUGAACGGGAAGUGGAAUAUUUCAAAAGGUUCUGCUUGGACUCUGCUCGACAGACUAGGCAACGGCUAUCCAUCAACUGGUCCAACUUUAGCUUGAAAAAGGCCACCUUCGCCGCACACUGACCGGAGUGUGGGGGCAACACUUGAAGAGACUCUGGCAGGAACUCAAUCAGCUCCCCCAACCCCCUCCUCCACCACGCUCCAGGCCGACUGCUGACCCCACUGCUGCUAUGCUCCGACCGACCGCCCCUCUGAACUACAUAUCCCACGCUGCCUUGCCUUGUCCUUGUUGCUGUGUGGUUCCUACUAAGAACCCGUAUGGGCUGAUGUUCUCGCAGUACUUUGGGGAGGGGAAAAGACAAUUGAUGACAAAAAAAAUCGACUUCUCUCAACUUGAUUUUUUUUCUUUUCCCUCCUUCCAUUUUUUUUUUUCUUGCUUGUGUGCUUUUGGUCUGUGAGUGGGGCAUUUCACAUUGACUGAAGCCAUGUUAUAUGUUUUCUUUUGGCUUUACCAAGUUGUCCAAAAUGCUUAAUAUAUGUUUGGAAUAAGGCCUCCUUAAAAAAAAAGACAGAAAACAAACUACACAACAAAUACAUAUGAUUAAAAACGCCUUUUGUUCACUAUGGCUGUGGCUUCUAUCACACUUGCACCCAGAACCGCAGUUCAAGAAUACAGCAGACACGGGCUCGGACCCAUCCAGGUUCCUUACUUCCCGUCAGCCUGUUUCACUAUGUACAAGAAAGGCUAAUACUUGAUAAAGUUCUCAUCGGUUCUCAGUUCCACUUGAAAGCCGUUACGGAACGUGUCCAAGUUUAAAGCUUUUAUUUUUGUUUUUUUUUGUUUUGUUUUGUUUUUUUUGCUUUAUCUUUUUUUUUUUUGACUUGUAGCCAGCUUGUAUCGAAAUACUUUCAGAAUCAAAUUGAUGAAAAAAAAAACAAUACUCACACUAUCAAUCUGUUAUAGAGUGUCUAUUGUAUUAACACUGAGGCCGAACUGCCUACUUUUUAACAUAUUGUUAAGUAAUAUUAAAAUCUUGUCUUUCUUUUUUGAAAGAUGGAAUCCAGUAGAA